AUGAGUGGCAACUCAACGGUGUUGGUGAGACCUACUUCGAUGCGCCACAAUUCACAACCCUCACCUGAUGAUGAGAAGUCAUUCACGUUUGAUCAUUCAUACUGGUCAUUCGAUAAUACAGACGUUAACUAUGCAUCACAGUCCAUUGUAUUCAAUGACCUCGGACUGGAAGUGCUGCACAACGCCUGGGAGGGCUUCAACUGCUCGAUCUUUGCUUAUGGCCAGACUGGUUCGGGCAAGUCAUACUCAAUGCUGGGCUAUGGCGAGGAGAAGGGUAUCAUCCCAUUGGUUUGCGAGGAGUUGUUCAAGAGGAUUGAUAGCACGAUGAUGAAUCAGACUGCUGGUGGAGAGACUAUAUUCAAGGUUGAGGUGAGCUUCAUGGAGAUCUACAACGAGCGCGUCAAAGACCUUCUCAAUCCCAAGAACAACAAGUCAGCAGGUGGCCUCAAGGUCAGGAACAACCCGUCCACAGGCCCCUAUGUCGAGGACCUCUCAAAACUGGCGGUCAAGAGCUUCCAGGAGAUUGAGAUGCUGAUGGAUGAGGGAACAAAGGCGAGAACUGUUGCCUCGACAAAUAUGAAUGCAACAUCAUCGAGAUCACAUGCCGUGUUCACUAUUGUGUUCACUCAAUCAAAGGUGGACAAGACAAGAGGUAUAACAGUGGACAGAGUCAGUAAGAUUAGUUUGGUCGAUUUGGCAGGUAGUGAACGUGCCACAAGUACAGGAGCGACAGGUGUGCGACUGAAAGAGGGUGCAAACAUCAACAAGUCAUUAUCAACGUUGGGUAAGGUCAUCAGUGCGCUGGCCGAGAACUCCACGCCCAGUCCAGGCAAGAAGCAGGUGUUUGUACCGUACCGUGACUCGGUACUGACAUACCUGCUCAAAGAGUCGUUGGGUGGCAACUCCAAGACGAUCAUGAUCGCCGCAAUCAGUCCGGCCGACAUCAACUUUGAAGAGACACUCAGCACACUGCGCUAUGCAGACAGCGCCAAGAAGAUCAAGACAACGGCCAUCGUGAAUGAGGACCCUCAGACCAAAGCGAUACGUGAGCUACAAACAGAAGUUGAGCGACUCAAGUCAUUGCUGGGGUCUGGCGUGGCAGGAGUAGCAAUUGGUUCUGGACCCUCCGGGUCCAACCCAUCCGCAUCAACAGACCAUAACGGCCGAAUGACCCAUGGAGUGACAAAUGAUGAGGAUGGACUUGUAGUCAGUUUGAACGAGAAGAUUGAACAGUAUGAGAAGUUGAUGACAGAGAUGAACAAGACUUGGGAGGAGAGGUUGUCGGACGCAGAGAAGAUAAGAGGCGAGAGAAAGGCCGCACUAAAGGACAUGGGAGUUGCUAUCAAGGUGGUGUCAUCAAUCCCUCAUCUGAUCAAUCUAAACGAGGAUCCACUAAUGUCCGAGUCAUUGAUGUACUAUCUCAAGGAGGGCGACACGAGGAUUGGACGAUCAGACGCCGAAUCACAACAGGACAUCAUACUCAAUGGUCUAAACAUUGCCAAGGAGCACUGUAUCAUAGAGUACAAAGAGGGCAUCGUGACAAUUGCUCCUGCUAGCGACCGCAAGCACUCAUCAAUCUUUGUCAAUGGUGUGGAGAUCAAUGCGCCAACAGUGCUGUCCACUGGCAAUCGUGUGGUACUGGGCAACAAUCACAUCUUCCGAUUCAAUCAUCCAGAGGAAGCCGCCAAGUUGGUUCGCGAGAGGAGCAACAGCUUUGGUGGUGGUGCACCGCCCAAGCCAGACUUUGGACUCGAUCUGAGCCUCGAGGCGGAGCCAACCACCCCACGUGGCGGCCAAUCAGGUCAUGCCCGCCGCGCACCAGACAAUCAAGUUAUCGACUACAACUUUGCCCUGAACGAGUUGGCCUCAGCACAGGGCAACUUGGCAAUGAUGAAGCAUGACAUGGACAGGGAGUUCCAGCGACAGAUGAAGAUACUCUAUGACCAGAUGCGCAGUCGUCUAGAAUUGGACUUCAACCCUGAGACCAAAGAGCGUAGGGACAAGUUGGCUCUCUUCACCAUUCGUCGUUGGCGGUCCAAGGUCAACAAGACGCGUCUACUCAAUCAGAUUUCACACGUACUACUGUCCGUCAACGAAGCCAAUGCCAUCUCUGAGGCAUUGUCCAAGAACAUUGACCUGUCCGUCACCCUUCAAUGUCCGCCACCCUUGAUGGCCCAAGAUGAUGGUAGUGGCACCAAGGUCAUCGAUGACUCGGGUGUGAUGGAAGUAGAUUGGAAGUCGACACAGAUCGUGAUACGCGCUACAAACAAGGAUACUGGAGAGGAGACGAUUAUAUCAAAGGAGGAGUUCAUUGAUAGAUUGUAUUCGAUGAGGGACUUGUAUCAGAAUGAUGGAUGGAUGGAGGAGGAAGGCGAAGAUCCCUUCACAUUCAAGUUUGACGAGGUCAACUAUAUUGGAGUGGCACAUCUUUAUCUCAUGAGUGUACUACAUCUACCCGAGACGAGUAGGUCACUGCCGAUCUUGGAUACAUUCACAGGGGCGUUCAAAGGACAUCUCAAUGUUGUGCUAGGCACACGUGUCGAUGGCCUCAACUCAUCGAUCAAGAGUAUCUUUGUUGGCAAGCCCAUCACCAUUGGCAUUCAGCUUGAUGGAAUCACUGACUUUGUACACGAUGUAGACUCCUAUGUCGAUGUCUUUGUCAAAUGUAACUUUAACUCUGUACAAUAUCAAUCAAAUAUACACCUAACAGUCCAACAGAUGAAGGAUAGAAUAGAUUUGGAGAUUGAGUGCCUGGAAGAGGACUUGAUCAAAGAGUUGGAAACACAACACAUUGCAUUGGAAGUCUUUGGAAAGAGGAUGGGAAAGCCAAUCAAUGGCCUGGACGAUGCUUCUUAUAAUAAGGCAGAGGAAUCAAUAGAGUUCAUUGCCUCGGUUAACAUCCUUGAGCCAGAGUCUGUCUCCCCAUCACAAUCACGACCCAAAACCUUCAAACCAGUACACAUAUUGGAGGAGAGUGAUACCUCAAAUAAUAUGCCAUCGGUCACCUUUCGUUUGUUACGCGAUGCCACUCAGCGACAGAUCAUGCUGCGACUGUUCAAAUCUGAGCAUCAGACAAGAAGUAUCAAUAUCAAGGCGUGCCAAUCAGUCAACAUUAGCGAUGCACGUAUCAUUAGCAAGAGGGACUCGACCAGUGGUCUGGCCAUGAUGAGUCCAUCCAGCUCGCCCUCACCAAUGUCCCGAUACCCAACAUCACCAGGUCGUCCGCCAACCAACCCAUCCUUGCUCAAUGUUAGCCAGUCGUCAACAACAGGCACUUCAUCACCAGUCUUGCAGGGACAGGGCAGUGGGGCUUCGAGCGACCCCGUUGAGCUACCCGUCGUGUCCGCCACGCACGAUACAGUAGUCGCGCACUGGGACUACGACGAGCCGGCACACCUGUUUAGCCAGAAGACAAUGCGCAAGGGCAGCAGGAUACUGUUCAAGGUGACCUUUGUGUUGGAGAUCGAGGACUUUGAGGAGCCCGUCACCAUUUCCAAGGAGGUGUCGGCAAAGGUGUUGUUGGGCAUGGACACGUGGCAGCAACAAUCAAUGGCACCAGAUGGCGCUGCCGUCAACAGCACAUCGUCUUCAUCAUCAUCAUCACUCAACAAUCUAAUGGAGAAGUUCAAGACACACUUCAAGGGUGAGAGCAUACUGAGUCUUGAUCAGGACUCAGACUCAUCGUCCAUCCUGCACUCUGGCUCCGUGUUCAAUGUACAUCUGACAAAGUCCCAACAAAUUGAGCAUCAGAACAGAAUUGGCGACAUGAUCGACAGCUACCAGGAGCACUACAUGAAGCUUGGAGCAUCCAUCAAGAUUGAGCGACUACGUCAGCAACUCGACCUUCGUCAGAAGCUGGCAGACAGCGAUAAUUCUCCCAACCACCCCACCCCCAUGGGCGGGGAUAAUAGUCCCGGCGGUGGCCUACCCGAGGAGAUAGUGAAGAGGAUGUCUAGCAAUGCUAACAAUGCUCGCACCUCAUUUGCUAGACGCACUCGUUCAUUCCCAUCACUCAUCGAGGUCAAGGUGAAUGAGAUUGGCGCCAGCGCAUUGGUCAAGCAGGAAGACGACAUCAGUGGCGUGCUAAUGAAGAAGUCGACGUACAGGGAUGAGUGGCGACAGUAUCACUUUGUGUUGAAGAAGCCAUACCUCUACUAUAGUCACAUCAAUGAGAAGGAAGACAACAAGGGCACAAAGAAGAUCGAAUUGACCAACGCAUCAAUCGCGACCAUCCCUCAGGACGAGGUCGCCUUUGGACUCGCGAUCAUACAACUUCGACGCGUGUGGCUGCUCAAGACUACUAGCACGGAGGACCGCGAUCGCUGGGUCAAGGCGCUGGACCCAUCGCUCAAGAUCAGUGAACGCAAGGAUCAGGAGUUGCAGCGCGCCAAACAGUUGAACGACUUGCUCAAACGAGAUCUCCAGAGAGCGACAGAAGAGCGCGAUAGACUGUCCAUGCAACUUGUGGAGCUGAGCACGAAGCAGUUGGACGUGGUCGAGAAUGUCGAGAUUGGACAGCUCACAACUCACAUCAACAGUAUGACUACAUUGAUGGAGCGAUUGAACCAGCAGUCCAGGCAGUACAAGAAUGUGUCAGAGAUGGAGCUGAGCACCCUGCGACAAGAGGUGCUGAGCCUGCGCGAAAGCAAUCAUGGGCUGGUCACAAAGCUGGGCGAGUCCAAAGACAUGACUUUGGCUCUGGAGAAUGAUCGUAGGCAGCUGGAGGACAAGGUCAGUCACUAUCGCCAGAUGCUGGACUCCAACACAGCGGUGGCGCAGUACCAGACAAGGAACAUUAACAGCAUGCGUGAGGAGUCCAAGGCCAAACAAGGCCAGAUCGAUGGACUGACACUCACCGUCGAGGAAUCACUCAAAAGAAUCAAGGACAUCACAGACCAGGUGUCCAGCAGCGCACACGUCGACAUAGCAGCUGACUCUCGCGGGUCACCCCAACCGACCAUGCAUGAACAGGCCGAGGACGAACAAUUGGAAGCCAUGCGCAGACAGCUACAGGCAUCAGAGGAUAACAACAAUGCUUUGAAGGAGCAAUUUGAGACUGAGACAAGACGUGUCAGGGAACAGCUUGAACUGAGGUUCGCCAGGGAGCAGGACCAGCUGAUCGAGCGAUUGAAGAAGGAGAUGGAGGAGAGUGGCCGCAUGAAGGACAUUGUUGGAAGGAUGAAGGAGAAGUUGAUCGAGGUCGAGAGUCAGCUUAUUGACAGAGAGUGCGAGAAUACAAUACUCUCAGACAGGUUAAGAAUGAGCGAGGAGGAGUCGAGGAUCACUGGCUCAAGACUUGGUCUUUUGGAGAAUGGUUUCAAGGAAGUUCGAUCAGAGUACGAGACAGGCAUGGCCUUCUCGCGAGAGUUGGACCUGUCGGCCGCCAACAAGACCUUGUCAACAUCACGUGCGCGCACUAAGGCAUUGACGCCAGACGAGCAGAUGGACAACUUGCGCGAGACCUCAAUUGCACAUCAAACACAGAAUGCCUUCCUCAACCUACAGCUACAGCGAGUGGAGAAGGAGAUGAAGCAACAGGAACGAGUGUACAAUGACACGAUACAGCGCAUUAGAGAGGAUCUGAAUGCGAGGAGUCAGCAGAACAUCUCGUUGGUGAAGAAACAGGCUGGUGCCACUGGUGGCGGCGAGUCAAGCGUAUUGGCCAAGCGACUGGAUGAGCUCACUGCCACAUUCGAAGUUUUGAAGAAGAAGUACUUCUUCAACCUUGUCGUCUCGACCAAGCUCCAAAGCGUAAUGAUGGGCAACAACUGCAACGUAGACUCUUACGACCUCUACGAUCAAGCAGUUCACGAGCACAUCAUCGACUUUGAGAGUUGGCCAAUUUGGAUUGCCAACAAGUUCAAGUCAAGUCCCUAA